AUGCAGAACCAGGAAACUGAGGAAGGCGGAGACAACCAGUGGAUGCUGAUGGACAGCACCAAUGGCGAUGGAAGUGGCACGAGUGGUGUGAGCUACCAGAGUGACUCUUUAACAGCCUCAACGGCAUCGCUGCUCGAACAGCACAGACACGAACGAGGCAAGGAUAUGCAUUACCCAACAAUAUCAACAACAACAACAACGAGCCGACUGAGGCAACAACCAGGACAGGGAUUGCUACUUUUUCCAGGCAUAGCACAAAGGCAUCAACUAGAGCAUAGACGCCGGCAUAAUCAUAAUCCUAUUGCGCCGACGUCUGCCUCUAAACAGGCUAUGUCGACGGUUUCGAUGUCCCGCCUAGAUGCCACUGUCGGCACCAGUUGCAAUAACAGUAACAGCAGCAGUAACGUUGCCAUUAAUCAGCGCAGUGUGCGAUGCAUACGCCGGCCGCCACUGUGGCAAGCAGAGUCAGUGGCAACACCAAAGCCCAACUCAAAAUUGGAACAGGAACAGGAAGAGGGAAAGGGGAUAGAGGACUCGACAGUGGAAGAGUGUGAGGAGCUGUCGCUAGAGCCAAUGGCAUUGAACAGUGAAGAGUCCGCCUGCUUAACAAAGGUCCGUGCGUUCAUAAUCGAGUUUCUGCAGGGCUCCUCCAUACAUGGCUUCAUCUAUUUGGCUAAAAUCGGUUUGAAUUUUGUCGAGCGCAUGCUCUGGUUCGCUUUCAUAUGCAUUGCACUCUUCAGCAUUAUGUCGCUGAGCAAACGCACUUGGCACCGGUUCCAGACCUCUCCCAUGGUCAUUUCCAUGGAUCGAAACAAGCUGGUGUGGAACACGAGCUUCCCAUCGUUGACUGUCUGUCCCCAUAAACGGAUCGAUGAUCUAAAAGUAGAUGAAUAUAUUCUCGCACAUGAGGAUCAAUUCGAAGAUGAGAACGAUCAGGAUAACUUUCGCGAUUUUAUUGUUAAGCUUGCCAGCCUCACGUACGACAACCUCGAAACUCUGCCAUUAAACAAGUCAUAUGGCAUACCAAGCAACAAGUACCUGGACCUACUCUAUGACUUGAAAUGGCCCUUCGAGCCGGAAAUCAGCAGCGGAGCCGCCGUCAAAAUGUUUAUAUACGAGACCCAAACGGAAUUCGGAAUUUGUCAUUCGGUGAACUCAAUGGUCGCCCGUUACAAUUCCUUCGAUUACUGGCGUGCGGGGGACUGGAGCAUAAUGGAGCAUGGCGACCGAGUGACGGUGCACCCGUUGGAUGGCGAGAUCUAUGCACAAAUCAUAAAUCUGUCCACCGCCUACGAUGUGUAUUUCCACGGCGCGGGCGAUGUGCCAAGCAUAUCCAAGCAGCGUUACACUUUUCCGGAGAGCGACUACACCACUGUGGAGCUGAUUGCCCUGGAGAUCUAUACAAAUGAGGAGGCCAGAGCCUUCACCACCAAACAACGCCAGUGCCGCUUUCAGUACGAGGCUGAGGAUAUGCAAACCGCGCCCAUUUACAGCUUCGGACUCUGCCUCUCCGAGUGCCGCAUGUUCUUUUCCCUCCGCAUAUGCGGCUGUGUGCCCCACUUCUAUCGCAAUCGCUUGCGCAACGGGCGGCUGCUGCCGGUCUGUGGUCUGGAGGGAAUCGGUUGCUUGGUCAACAUUAAACGCGAAAUCAUUUCACUGAAAUCGGAUAGAUACAAAAUCAAUUGCAAUUGUUUGGCCAACUGCGAUGACUCUAAUUUUUUCGUGCAGUCCUAUCGCUCGCGAGUCUGGUUCCUGGGCGCCAAUUUACAAUGGGGAAUUAUCGAUUAUCCCAAAAUGCAGCUGCGCCGCGAUGUGCUCUUCUCCUUCGCCGAUGUCCUGGUCUACAUCGGCGGAUUGGUUGGCUUCUUUCUGGGCUGCAGCGCCUUGAGCUUUACGGAGAUUAUUUACUAUUUUACAGCGCGAUUUGUCCGUCGCAUGUUUUUCAAUUAG